CCUCCCACCCCGCACGCCUCUGGUUCCCGUCUCUUCCGCCCGGACGCCCUCCACCUCCCGACGCUCGGCCCCUCACGACGCCUUCCCCCUCGCUCCCCCUCGCGCCGCCGCUGCCACCCUCCCCUCGUGCCGCUGCAGCCCGCGAGCCAGUUCGCGCCGCCGCCAUCGCGUUAUCGCGCCAUCCCCGCCCCGCCGCGCCACCGUCCUGCCAUCCCGCCGCCGCGAGGUGUCCCCGUCCUGGCGUAUUGGGGGUAUUUUUCUGUUUCUUGUCUAAUCAGGUUGGAGGAUUCGUGGUUAGGGUUCCGGAUCGCUUGAGAAGCUUGCGUCCCGCACCCUCUCCGUCGCCGGGAGAUGGCAGCAUCAGCAGCUUCGCGCCUCAACAUCCACGAGUACCAGGGCGCGGAGUUGAUGGGGAAAUACGGGAUCAACGCACCCAGGGGCGCGACGGCUGGGUCCGCUCAGGAGGUCAAGGACGCCUUGAAGAACGUAUUCCCCAACGAGAAACAGGCGACAAUGCCACAACUUCCUUAUCUUAUGUUAUUUCAUCUUAUUCACUCCGUGGAUGCAAAAUGUCAGCCGCCCGUGGAUAGGAUAGUUGUUAAGAGUCAAACCCUUGCUGGAGGCCGCAGAUUGGGCACUUUCAAAAGUGGGCUGAACGGUGGUGUUCAUAUUGUUAAGGCUGAGGAAGCUGAAGGACUUGCAAGUAAAACGCUAGGCCAGAUUCAGGUCAAGAAGCAAACUGGCCCAGAGGGGAAGAUUGUGAGCAAGGGGAACAUAUAUCCAAUUGCUCUACUACUAAAAAGGGAGUAAGGGUCACUUUUUUUGGUAUGGAACCACAGGGGAACAUAUAUCCAAUGCUACUGUUCUAGCAUAUGCACAGGUGCAAUACUGUUGUAUGAUGAAAUUAAUUGUUUCUUGGUAGGCUGACUGUCUUUUAGAUGAUUAUUCUGUUACUUAGUUGCUGGUCUUUGACAAUUGUAGACUGGUUCUGGCAAGACGUAUACAAUGGGUAC